UCUUCUCUUUGUUCAGUUUUCGGCAAACUCCAGCUGAGCACCUACUAUGCACCAGGCCCUGGGUUCCAUGCUGAGGAUACAGUAAUGUGGAUGGGUGGAUGGUUGGCAGGAGGGAGGGAAGGGAAGGAGGGGUGGUUGAACUGGUGGAGGGAUGGAUGGAUGGAUGGAUGGAUGCUUGAUUGAUUGGUUAAUACCCCAUCCCAUUUCCCAAAAAUAGUAUUUGAGGUUGUUUCAUCCAAUAUACCAAAAAACUGCCAAGUGGUUGAGACUUGGAGUCUUUCUCAGAGAAUGCCUUCGUGGAGAAGGGGAGGCAGACUUCUUCCUAGCCAUGCUAUCGGGAGUUAAAUGCCUUUGUUCCACUUUAUACAGAGCAACGUGGUAGCUGAGAGCUAAGAGCUUUCUUCUCAGGUGUGAUAAGGGAUCGGAAAGGAGGGACCCUGGGUCUGGAUGAAGGAUCAGAAGGUUUCCAUAGAAUGAGGGGCAUCCCGGGCUGAGGGGAUCGCCAGGCACAGGCUGGGAAGCAGGAAUGUGCGGUAGAUUUGGGCCAUAUCCAUUUGACAUCCUUGGCACCAGACCCCAGCCCUUUUUGGGCAAUGACAGAUGCAGUGUCAAGCGACUCCCGUCCCUAUUGCCAUUCUCCCUAAAAUACAUUAUAUUCCCUCCUAAUAAGCUUUCCAUUUCCUGGAUGACACAACUCUUCUCUCAGAAGCAAUUAUGGAGAAAGAGAAGGUGGGAAAUUGCGUAUGCACAGAGGAAUAAUUGAGCUCUCCCCUGGGGUUUAUACAUUUAUAUAAACAGUGGCCCAACUUUUUCUUCCUGCCACCCAAGAUCAUCCUCCACAUCUGCAAAGGCCCCGGCCCAUACCUUACCUGGAGCCAAUGUGGACUUCGGAACUUCCAGAAUCCAGCGCUCUUUAAUUUCCUAGGGUGCCAGGAGGUUUGAAGGGGUUGAUGAGGAUCAGGGGUGCGAACAGAGAUCCUAGAAGUGAAAAAGGAUACCCCCUCUCAUGGGCCUCAGUUUCCUUAUCUGUAAACUGGGGUUGAUAUAGCAAUCUGCCUUGUGGGAUUAUUAUAGGAUUUAUAAUCAUAUUUGUAAGACAUCUAGAACAGUGCCUGGCACAUUGUCAGUAAUGUAUGCUUGAUGCCGUUUUUAUUACUACUACUACUGUUACUUAAAAUACAUGGGUGCCCCUGACCAGCAGUAGUGUAUUAGUUCAUUCUCACACUUCUAUAAAGAAAUACCUGUGACUGGAUAAUUUAUAAAGAAAAGAGGUUUCAUUGGCUCAUGGUUCUGCAGGCUGUACGGGAAGCACAGUGGCUUCUGCUCAGCUUCUGGGGAGGCCUCCGGGAGCUUUCCAUCAUGGUGGAAGGCAAAGGUGGAGCAAGCAGUUUUUAUAUGGAAGGAGCAGGACCAAGAGAGAGAGGGGCAGUGCUACACACUUUUAAACAACCAGAUCUCCUGAGAACUCCAUCUCGAGACAGCACCAAAGGGAUGGAGCUGAACCAUUCAUGAAGGACCCACCCCCAUGAUCCAAUCACCUCCCACCAGCCCCCACCUCCAACAUUGGGGAUUACAGUUCGACAUGAGAUUUGGGUGGGGACACAGAUCCAAACCAUAUCAAGUAGAAAUUCCAAAUUCAAAAGCUCCAGUACCUUUGCUGCCCCUGGGUAUGGGCCCUGUGUUCAACUUCACAGGCCCCACAGUCAUUCUCUCUGCCUCAAGGAAUGGCGUCGAGAAUUAACUUCAGCCUUUUCCCAACCAGUCCAUUUAUAGCUCCUCUUUCUAGUUUAAUAGGUACUGGCCAGAGCCAUGGCAUCCUACUAAAGCUGCAAAUAGUUCCCGAGCCCCGGGGAUAAUUAUAUGUUUCUUAGAAAAGAGCAGAGAGAAGAGGAGCUGCCACUCUUGGGCUGGCAGAGUUUCUGGUUUCGAGUAUGCAGAGACUUUCCCUAGAAGGAAUGGGUGUGGGAGGGUAGAGAAGAGAGGAAAGAGACAGCUCUGGUUUGUGACAAACACAAAUGUCCAGUCGGAACGGGCUUGAUGAGGGGAUUUGUCUGGAAAAGGGAGAAAAAGCUCUAAUUUGUGGUGACUGCUGUUACGUCAUUCACCUGAAAUGAUGGGGAUGGAUUUAUUUAUAGUUCAACUGGUUGGAAAAUAGCAUCAUUCUUCAUUCAAACUAAGAACCCAAGCUGGGAUUAGCCUUAUAUCUUAUGUGACCUUUGAACACUUCCUUUAUUUUAGAAUAAGACUUUUGGAUUGAAUUUUAAAGGGAUCUAACAUUGACAGACUAACUCCUGAGAUUUCUACACCAAAACUCUGCUUUGGAGAAGGCUUAUCUGCCUCUGGCGUUUCCCAGUCAUGGCUGGCUGGCUGGCUCCUACAGACUUUGGCUAAUGUGGUCUCAAAUUCUGCUCAUCCUGCAGAAAAUGAAUCUUCUCACUAAAAGUCAAGAGAUCAUGCAAUUAUUUGAGGAACAUAUUUCUUCCUGAUUUUUCUAACCUUUACUUAAAAGCAUUCUUUGUUUACUGACUCUUUCAGCAAAAUUGACAGUAUACUGAAUUUUUGGAAGGAAAAUCCCCUUUACCCUUCAUCUUAAAAAUUCAAGACAUGUCAUCAUGAAGAAAAAAUAUGCCCAAACAGAAAACUUCUGUGGUAGAUUAGGCACUGUACAUCUUGAGAAUAUUUUAUAACACUUGAUAAUAAAAAUCACCCUUCCAAUGUCAGACUUUCCUCUUUCUCAUCCCCUCUUCUCUCAUAUUUCCUGCUGGGCCACCAAAGGGAUAAUCCUUGCCUAGGAAUCCUUUGAUUUCACACUUGGCAACUCCUAGAAUUUAGCUUUAGUUGCCUGCCGCAACAUUUAGAGAUUGCAAUUAUUAUGGCAUUAUAGAGCUUGGCUGCAAUAUCACCCUCCACCAGUAGGUGUCUUCACUUAACAACUAAACGUCCUGAAGCCUAAUUUGAGACUCCUGGUAGAUCAAAUGAAUGAACUUUUUUUCAUCAGUUUCAAUAAGUUGAGUGCUCUGAGUGAAAUGAAGCAACUUGCUCUGAAAGAACUGGUGCUGAAAAAGCAACUCCAUGCAUUCUCUGAACCACUUCAUGGCAGAGAACUACAGUCUAAGCUACUGCCAUGGAAAAACAGCAAGGAGAUUGUAGUCUUGGACCUGGCCCCAGAGCAAGUCUUGGAGGAAGUGCCAGCCCUGAGCCCUGUGCCAGUCCGGGGUGUGCUCCAGCCAACCCAGAGUCACAGCCCAGAGCGCUCUCCCCUCCUCAUUUCCUGGCUCUCUGUCUUGCUUAUAGCAAAUCUCAUGAUUCCUUGGUUCUGUCAUUCUGUCACUGCUCAUAGUUUUGCCAAAUCCCAUUGGCACACUGGUUAGGAGGGUUAGUGCAGAAACACCCAGCGCAUUCAUCAGAGUCCUGAAAAUUGUAUGUGGUGCAACUGUGCCACCAUCAGGUGUUAAAACUGGGUGGCAAAAGUUGAGCUUUUUGGACAGAGUAAACCUGACUUAACUGGAUCUUCACUUAACUGAAGCCUUCUUUCUACUUAUAGGCAAGAAGGAGUCAUCUUUAAUUUAUAAGAUUAUAAAUUUAUAAGGAUGCCUGGAGCCUUGUGUAGAGGAGGAAGGGUUUCUAGAAGUCUUCAUUUAUCCUGUGUUCAUUCACCCCACAAAUGUCUGUUGUAUACCUGUGCUGGAUGCUGAAUGAACAAGACAGGAGGUGACCAAACCUCAGUGGACCCCAUGGUCCUGGAGCAGUAUGUGGUGGUAGCCAACUACCAGAAGCAGGAGAGUUCGGAGAUCAGCCUCAGCGUGGGGCAGGUGGUGGACAUCAUCGAGAAGAAUGAGUCAGGUUGGUGGUUCGUCAGCACUGCCGAGGAGCAAGGCUGGGUCCCUGCAACGUGCCUCGAAGGCCAGGAUGGGGUGCAGGAUGAGUUUUCUCUGCAGCCUGAAGAAGUCUCAUGGAGGUAUUGGUCUCUGCCCCGGCCCGUGGGCCGCCGCCGGACUCUGGGGGACUUGUAUGCCAUCAGCUGGCGUCAAGAGGAGAAGUACACAGUCAUCUACCCAUACACAGCUCGGGACCAGGAUGAAAUGAACCUGGAGAGAGGGGCUGUGGUGGAGGUCAUCCAGAAAAACCUGGAAGGCUGGUGGAAGAUCAGGUACCAGGGCAAAGAAGGCUGGGCCCCCGCCUCCUACCUAAAGAAGAACAGUGGGGAGCCCUUGCCCCCGAAGCCAGGCCCUGGCUCACCCUCCCACCCGGGUGCCCUUGACUUGGAUGGUGUUUCCCGGCAGCAGAACGCGGUGGGCAGGGAGAAGGAGCUGCUCAGCAGCCAGAGGGAUGGGCGGUUUGAAGGCCGCCCGGUGCCCGACGGUGACGCCAAGCAGAGAUCACCAAAGAUGAGGCAGAGACCCCCUCCUCGCCGGGACAUGACCAUUCCUCGAGGCCUCAACCUGCCAAAGCCGCCCAUCCCGCCCCAAGUGGAGGAAGAGUAUUACACCAUCGCCGAAUUCCAGACAACCAUCCCAGACGGCAUCAGCUUCCAGGCGGGCCUGAAGGUCGAGGUGAUCGAGAAAAACUUGAGUGGCUGGUGGUACAUUCAGAUUGAAGAUAAGGAAGGGUGGGCCCCGGCAACCUUCAUUGACAAGUACAAGAAGACCAGCAACGCCUCGAGACCCAACUUUCUGGCUCCCCUGCCCCACGAGGUGACCCAGCUCCGGCUGGGGGAAGCAGCAGCGCUGGAGAACAACACGGGCAGCGAAGCCACGGGCCCCUCCCGGCCCCUGCCUGACGCACCGCAUGGUGUCAUGGACUCGGGGUUGCCUUGGUCUAAAGACUGGAAGGGCAGUAAGGAUGUCCUGAGGAAGGCAUCUUCAGACAUGUCUGCGUCGGCAGGCUACGAGGAGAUCUCAGACCCCGACAUGGAGGAGAAGCCCAGCCUCCCUCCGCGGAAAGAAUCCAUCAUCAAGUCGGAGGGGGAGCUGCUGGAGCGGGAGCGGGAGCGGCAGAGGACGGAGCAGCUCCGGGGCCCCACCCCCAAGCCUCCGGGCAUGAUUUUGCCGAUGAUGCCAGCCAAACACACCCCUCCAGCCCGGGACAGCAGGAGGCCAGAGCCCAAACCUGACAAAAGCAAACUGUUCCAGCUGAAAAAUGACAUGGGGCUGGAGUGUGGCCACAAGGUCUUGGCCAAGGAAGUGAAGAAGCCCAACCUCCGGCCCAUCUCCAAAUCCAAAACUGACCUGCCGGAGGAGAAGCCAGAUGCCACUCCCCAGAAUCCCUUCUUGAAGUCCAGACCUCAGGUGAGGCCAAAACCAGCUCCUUCCCCCAAAACGGAGCCACCUCAGGGCGAAGACCAAGUCGACAUCUGCAACCUCAGGAGUAAGCUCAGGCCUGCCAAGUCCCAAGACAAGUCCUUGUUGGAUGGGGAGGGCCCCCAGGCAGUAGGGGGCCAAGACGUGGCCUUCAGCCGAAGCUUCCUCCCAGGAGAGGGGUCUGGCCGCGCCCAGGACAGGACGGGCAAACAGGAUGGUCUCAGCCCAAAAGAGAUUUCCUGCAGAGCCCCUCCGAGGCCAGCCAAGACCACAGAUCCUGUGUCUAAGAGCGUGCCUGUUCCUCUCCAAGAGGCUCCCCAGCAGAGACCUGUGGUCCCACCCCGCAGACCACCUCCCCCAAAGAAAACCUCUUCGUCACCCAGGCCUCUCCCAGAGGUCAGAGGUCCACAGUGUGAAGGCCACGAAAGCAGGGCAGCUCCCACCCCAGGCCGUGCUCUCCUCGUCCCUCCAAAAGCCAAACCUUUUCUCUCCAACUCUUUGGGAGGCCAGGAUGACACGCGAGGCAAAGGCAGCCUGGGGCCAUGGGGGACCGGCAAGAUUGGAGAAAACAGGGAGAAAGCAGCUGCAGCCUCUGUCCCCAAUGCCGACGGCCUGAAGGACUCUUUGUAUGUGGCCGUGGCCGACUUUGAAGGAGACAAAGACACCAGCAGCUUCCAGGAAGGGACAGUGUUUGAAGUCCGGGAGAAGAACAGCAGUGGCUGGUGGUUCUGCCAGGUCCUGAGCGGAGCCCCUUCCUGGGAAGGGUGGAUUCCUUCCAACUAUCUCAGAAAGAAGCCGUAGCCGACUCCCUUUCUGCCUAGAGGGCCCGCUGGUCCUUGCUGGCUUUGCCCACGUAUUUAAUACGCCUCUUAAUUUAUCAUUCUCCACGCAGCUUCCAAGGCAGACAGACUCUGGGGUACUGUGACUUCUUGCCUCCCAUGGGUGGAGAGUGAGUUUCGGACACCUUGAGCGCCCCUGGGCCUGAUCCCUCCUAUCACAGCAUCACUGGAGGCUCAGAACCCACAGCCUUUGCUUUCUGUCCAUGUCAGCAUCCCUGCCUUAAGAGAACUCCUCCUGGCCAAUGGCAUUGCCACCCAGCAGUGGGACCAAGACACCAAGACCUCCAGGACUGGAUCCCAUUGCCUGGAGAAACUCCAGCAAGGGUCUCUCAUGGCUUGGACAUGGCACAGUAAGGGGCAGCCAACCCAGUCCAUGAUGACUUUUGCUCCAACUUCUUCAUGUUUCUAAAAGCCCAGUGGCUUUAUUCACUCCUCCUAAAUUGCCUGCUACCAGAAGGAACUUCAUCCUGAAGAAAUGCAUUCCAUUACCAGUCCCAGGGAAAGUGUCCCCUUCCCCAAAGCCUCAGGCCCGCGGGCCUCUGAGGUUCCACUGGAUGCGGCUCCCCCAGGAGUGGGCCUGGAGGUCCGCCCAGCCGCCCUGCCUCCCACCUUCUAUCUUGGGACCAUGGUCAGCCCUGAAGGGUGGUUCCAGCCCUGCAUAUGCUGCACUUUGCUGCUGCAGGCUCCGGUCCCUCCAGGGCUUUUCAAUGAGAAUUCCCACCCCAACUUGGAGCAUUUCAUUUUUGCCUACCUAAAGCAAGAAUCUCAAAGUUUGUUUGCAUAAGAGGCCCAUUCACAAGUCGUGCCCUUGUGAGCACCCCUUUGCUGAGUGCCUCGUGGGUGCCAAACACUGUACUUGGCGCUUUGCAUUCAUGCUUUGACCCUCACAAACUCCCUUUAUAGAUGAGGAAACUCAUGCUCCAUGUGCCCAAGGACACACCAGCCAGGAAGAAGAGGGAAGAGGAUUUGAGUCCAGGCCUGCCUGACUUCAGUGCCUGUGCCCUCCCCUCUGUAAAAGACAAACCAGGCAGGGAAGAGAUAGAAGCUGGCUAAGUGGUGGCCAAGUGGCUUCAUUGUGAUGGGGGUGAGGGGGCAUUCAUGGCUGCUCCCACACCCACCAUCCCUCCAGCCCACAGCAGCCUAUACCAAAGGCUGUCCUGGACUCAACAGCUGCGUCUCCAUGACAGGAGAAUGCCAGGGUCUUGGUGGUUGGCACAGAGCACUGUUCCCUGCUUCUAAGCUGUUGCCCCCUGGGGAAUAGAGCUUAUGGAGCAACGGGAGCUGAGGUGGCCUCGAGGGCCAACCUGGAGGGCUCUGAGCAUAGCAUGCAGCGGUCCCAUAGGGAGGCAGGUAACCAAGGGCCAGGCAGAGCUGCUUCCUGUGCCUCUCCGGCAUUUGUAAUGUUUUUCUCUUUUUUCACGCACUGCCAAAUCUGUUUUCUCCCUUCAAGAAACCCAGGGCAGAUGUGGUCAUCUGUCAAACUGAGGUCUGGAGAGGCAUGACUAAAUCACUGCAGAAGCAAAAUCAGGACCCAGCAUUUCUAGCUCCCAGCCCAGAGUAAGAGAGCAGAGCAGAACCCCUUCCCAUUCUACCCGACCGAGGCAGCCCAGCCCUGCCCUGCCCUGCCCUGCCCCUCCCCGCCCUGCCCUGCCCUAGAGAUCUCCAGUUCACAGUGUUCAUCAGGCGAGAUACUUUUGGACCCACAAAGCCAGUUUUUUGGGGGGAUGCUCAGUGUCUACCUGCAGUGCCAAAGUUUUGCUUGAACAGCCCUCUUCUGCCCCGCCUCCCAGCUCCACCCCCUAUCAUGUGGGCGCUGGCUGCUUCUGCAUGAGAAGGAGCUUCCUCUGAUCACCUGUAGCAUCUUUAGUCCCUUCCUCCAGUCAGCCUGCAAAUCCCAUUCCCCAGAGAGGCUUGGGCAGGGCCCUGGGGCACCUCUUGCAGGGCCCCCACUUGCCACUUGGCCCUGUGCCCAGAGCGUUGGGGGCAGAUGGCAGCCAGGGGAAGAAGGGAGGUGGGGAAGGGCCGCCACCGCUUGAGGGUCCCCUCCCUUGAGAGGAGGCCCCAUGGCAGUUUUCCUGAGUUCUUGAUCCACUUUGGUUUAAACAACUUUUGUGAAGCUAUGUGAGAUUUGACUACAUUUCAAAAGACAAAACUCACAUGUUUUUUUCUGAUUUGCUUUUUGCCUUUCAGCGACGUUUUCAGAUACUUUGUGAGUGUCUACUCUGUGCUAGGUGCUGAGUAGACUGGGAUGUGUGUGGCUCCAUCCCUGGCUGGAAGAGCUUUGAGUCCUGUCUGCUGACUUCACUGAAGGAGUUUCUCUCUUGCUUCAUUCCUUCCUCCCGGGGGUCAGCUGGGUAGGAGCAGACUUGCCCUGCCUUCCUCUAGGCAGAAAGUUUUCCUGCAAAUGAAAGAAUCUGCCAUUCUCUUUUGCUAUGAUGAUAAUUACUAUUCUGACGUGACCCGCGGGUACUGAAGCCACAUUCCUCUCUGUUCACUGUUCUCUCCUUGAGUCAUAUCUAUGGCCUGAGGACGUCUGUAUCCAGCUCCUUUUCCUACAAUGGUAGACACUUCCCCAGGCAGUGGGUGGGUCGGGGUGGCCAGUCACUCUCCUAGCUGUCCUUGCCUGGGGACUUAGAUUUACCCCAUCCAGGACUGUGGUCGCUAUUCUGUGAGCGAUUGAUGGCACAUAUGCAGAACUUCCCUGGAGUCAUGGCUCUAGAAAGUGUCCAGGCCCGUCGUGACAACGGUGCCAAGCACCGGGCUGGUGACCAGUGCCUAAACACACUUGCUCCUUUAAUCCUUACGGCAAGCCUGUGAGGCGGAUAGGACCAGUCCUGAUCUAUAGUGAGAAAAUUAAGGUUCAGAGGGAGAAGGUCCAAAUAGUGGCCAAGCUGGGACUCAGAUCUCGAGUUUUGGUUUGUUUGGUUUUGUUGUUGUUUCCCUUGUGUCCAUGACUUUUUCUCUGCCAUUAGCAGGGAAGUGUGCGGAGGGCUUCCAGGGAAUCAAGUGACCCUCCCUCUGAAUUUCGGUGUCUCUUCCCCCCACCCCUUGGUCACACAUUUCAGUAGGUCACAGGCCAAAUGGCAGCCCAAAAGGUGGGCAGAGAUUUUUUUUUCUUCCCCUCACCCCUGCUUAUUAACACAAUUGUGACGACUACUUUACCUUACAUCCCAGGGCAAAUGGACAGCUUGUGAUACCUCCAAAAAUUUGGGAAAUCCUGAGUCUAAGACCACCUCUUGGCAAAAGAGGCCUUUGCUCACAUUUUCUGCUCAGAAUCUUUCUUUGCCAUUGGUGGGUGUAUGUCGUCCCAGCUGAGACUGCGGGAGAGCUGAGCUCCAGCUUAAACCGCUUUUAAUGGCCCUUCCCUACUGGGGGAUUGCUGGAGCCCAUGCCAGGUUACAGUAGUCAUUUUAAACCUCUGCCACAAGGCCACGCCAUAGAAUCAAUUUCCAAGGCAAUGUUCUUGGCCCUAAAAUGUUUGCGCCCACUGAGGAUUUCAUUACCAGGUGGAAGAUGGGGGAACAUACGCCACGUUAAAGAGCAAGUGCUGAGUGUGCCAGGACUUGAGAAGGACCUUAGGCUGAGGAGUGGACAGUCUGGUAUUUAUUUCGCCUCUCCCAGGUACCCAGCACAGAGUGGGAAAAAGAAGAAACUGCUCCUGCCUUCCAGUAGCUGGCAACUUGACAUCAAGAACAAAAACAUCCGUAGCUGGACCCCCGUCCUUUCAUCGUGCCCAAGUCUUACAUGUUGGCUUAAGCUGCCCCCUUGGAGGCCGUACCUUUCUCUUUGGACUGUGACAGUGGACACCUAACAGCCUGAGCCAUGUGUGGCUGUCUUAUCCCCCAAGGGUUGUCCAGGCCCAUUCUGCAGGGCUGUUGUGUAGACUGCAGACACCCAUACCUCACCACAGACCAAAGAUGACCUCGUGUCAGACUGUGGGCUGAUGAGAGGUAGAGCAGCAUGCAUCGAGGCCUGAGGGUGCAGGGCGCCCUCUCUUGGCCUGGAGGAAUUGCUCCUAACUAGAAUAAGUUUCCACGAGGGUCCCAGGCAGAGCUGCAGAGCUGGAACCGGAGGCUCCACAGUCCUUGCCUGCUCAUGGACCUCCUUCAGAGCACCUUUCUACAGACUGGACUGCCCAGCUCCGUGGGGUGGCAUCUGGUUUCUGGUGCUAUUCUGCCAAGUUAUCGAGCUCCUCCUCAUGUUUCAACAUUCCAUCUUCCCGUUUCUAUCCUCAACUCCAAAGUAAGCCUUCUUAGCUCCAAUCAGGGAUGAGGGGCUCAACCUCUUCUGUCCUCAAAGAGGCCAAACACAGUGCCACAGUCGGUAGCCUUCACUUUCAGAUGUCCUAUUGAUGUAAAAAAGAAGGUGCCCCCACCAGGCUUAUAUCAGCAAUAAGCAAUUCUAAUGCAACGAUGGUGUCCACAUUUUACCCCAGUGUGUGCCCAUGUAUGCCUUUGUGCCCGUGUAAUUAUUGUUAGUGCCCCUUUCACUUAGAGGGGUGAUGAUAAACUGUGGCCACCUUGAUUACAACCCACAUUUCUUGCUUUGGGGAGCUUCCAAGUAACAGGCCAUUUCUUACCUCCCUCCAGGAACAGUGGGCACUGCCCACUACCUCGUGUCUGCUCAUAGGAUGACGCUGGAGAUCCCCACACUUACUCUACCCUCUUGGCAAAUUGGCAUUCCGGUGGUGGUUUUUGUUUCCUUUAACACAUUAAAUAAACGAGUAUAUAGGAUGUGAGGGGAGGGGUGAGAACAACUAGCUGUAGCAUGUAUAGGCUAUAUACUUUACCAUUAGACUUUUUUCCUUUUUUUUUUUUUUUUAAAUAAAAAAGUGCUUGACUGGUUUCAAGCUUCAUCGUGAA